GCGCGUCAAUGCGGUUUUGACGCAGCGCCCCCCCUUUUACUUUAUCAGCCAACACAUGUUUUCCCCAGGUACCUCCAUUUUCGGAAUUCUUUACUAGCUGAACAACAAUUGGAGGAACCACUCCUCUUGGUACCCAACCUCAAAGCUUCCCUCACAAACCUCUUUUCUCUUCAUAGAUACUGUCAUCUCCCUCCAUCUCGAAUCAAUAUCAAUACCCAAAAUCAUCCACAUUCCUCUUUUCUUCCAUCCGUUCUAUAUUUAGAGUCUAUAUACGUUCCAUCUCGCUACUUACCGGCCCGUAUUGGUGUCGCGUGCGCAGUGAUCUAACCUCCUGGAUGGCUUGGAUUCAUUCACUUUGCGAGUGAAUCUAGAGCUCGCGCCUGUAUGUCUUGCUAUAUCUUAAUUCCCCUUAUACCGCCACUGCUUCCGUGCUGACCAUCUGCCCCCCCGCUUCGUCAACUAGGCUGGCGUCACGGGGAUAGACAAUAUUCAAGGCAUUUUCUCUAGAGUCCUUUAACGCCUCCUUCCCCGCACCUUAGCGACAGCCGUAUCUAGCCGUCAUGUUGGAAGGUGUGGUUGCUAAUUUGCUCAAUCGCUUCCUGGGUAUUUAUGUCAAAAACUUCGACGCUAAACAGCUCAACAUCGGUAUCUGGUCCGGUGACGUAAAGCUUCACAACCUAGAGCUACGGCGCGAAGCUCUCGACCAAUUACACCUCCCCCUCAAUGUCGUUGAAGGGCAUCUCGGUGAGCUCACCCUAUCGAUUCCCUGGUCGAACUUGAGGGGGAAGCCAGUCAAGGUCGAUAUCGAAGAUGUGUAUCUCCUGGCAGCCCCGAAGGAAGAUGCAGACUAUGAUCAUGAGGAGGAGGAAAGGAGAGCACAUGCUCUCAAAAUGGACAAGAUCGAGAGUGCAGAGCUUAUUAAAGAGCGAAAUGCGGAGGGAAUGAGCCAAGAAGAGCAACGCCGAAACCAGAGUUUCACCCAAAGCAUGAUUACAGCGGUGGUUGAUAAUCUUCAGAUCUCCAUCAAGAACGUCCAUUUCCGUUACGAGGACUCGAUAGCUUCACCGGGCCACCCAUUUGCUGUUGGAUUUACAUUGAAAGAACUGAGCGCGGUCAGCACCGAUUCCGAAUGGAAUCCGACUUUCAUACAGUCUACCUCGAGCACAACACACAAGCUAGCAGUUUUGGGUGCUCUUUCGGUUUAUUGGAACACAGAUGCAGAACUCCUGGGGACAGGUAGGGGUUCCGAUGUAGGCGCAGAAGCACAAGGCAUUAACCAUGCUGAAUUGAUGGAGAGGCUGAGGUCUGGUAUCGACAAUCAGGAGGACAACCAAUUUAUGCUGCGCCCUGUUAGCGGGCGUGCUGGCUUGGAGUUGGAUAAAUCAGGGAAGCAUGAUCGACCGGCCAUCAAAGCACGUUUGUUGUUCGAUGAGCUGAGCUUCGUUCUAGAUGAUGAUCAAUACCGGGAUGCGUUGAUGCUUGUGGACCUCUUUCACUACUUCAUCCGUCAUCAGGAGUACAAGAAAUUUCAACCGAAGUGCCGCCCGAAAGAGGACCCUCGAGCUUGGCUAAAGUUUGCUGGAAACGCAGUACUCAGCAAGAUUCAUGAGCGCAAUAGGCGUUGGACCUGGGACUUCAUCAAAGAACGUCGGGAUGAUCGCAUAGCUUACAUUGACUUAUUCAAAAAACAAAAGCGUGAAGGAACCUUGUCGGGGGAAGACGCGGGUGAAUUCGACCGACUACAGCGGAAACUUAGCUACGAGGAUAUACGAUUCUGGAGAUCAUUAGCAAGGAACCAGUUGCGCAAGGAAAACGUGGGUGUCAAGAAACCUGCGCGACAACAGACAUGGUCAGAGUGGAUCUGGGGCACUAAAAAGGAGGAGUCUGAGGAGGAGACCAUGACCGAAGAACAAAGGCAAGAAUUGUAUAACGCCAUCGAUUGGGAUGAAAAGAAAGCUAUCACGGAAAGUGUCGAUGAGCCUAGGGAAUGGGUGAAACUCCAAGUCAACUCCAGUCUCAAAGCCGGUAGUUUCACGCUGAAGCGCGACCCUCAUGGAAAGGCAAACGAAAUCAUGAAGCUGGUAUUCGACGAUUUCCGGGCCAAAGCCUUACAGCGUCCCGACUCCUUCUUCAUUGAUGUGAAUCUCGGAGGACUCAGAGUAUACGACGGAACAACAGAGGGGACGCUUUUCCCACAGAUCGUCAAAGUUAAAGAUUCUCUCCCGGUGCCAAAGAACCGUCUAUCCCAGAUCCCUGAUAGCGAACCACUAGAUGAGGGCAUUGGCGAUGGUAUAGAAGACGAAGAUAGUUUAUUCCAUCUCCAGCUCGAGAGGAACCCUCUUGAAAGUGACGCGGAUUCUGUUAUUAAAGUCAAGUUGAAGAGUAUCGAAGUAAUUUACAAUCCCAGAUUUCUUGUGGAGGUUGUCAAGUUCUUCGAACCCCCGGAGCGGCAUAUGGAAUCAAUCGGCGCUCUUCUGGACACGGCAGGGGCUACAGUAAAGGGCAUUCGGCAGCAAACUCGAGCGGGCUUAGAGUUCGCCCUGCAGGAGCACAAGAAGGUCGAUGCACAGUUCGACAUACAUGCGCCCCUCAUUAUUGUCCCUGAGAGUAUAACUCAAGAAAGUUCACUUUGCUUAAUUCUUGAUGCCGGCCAUAUCAGUGUCAAUAGUGAACUGGUAGACAGGCAGACGAUGAUAGAUCUCCAAUCGAAACAGAAGCGACAGUAUGAGGAGGGUGAUUAUAAAGAGCUUGAGCAUUUGUUGUACGACAGAUUUUUGCUCAAACUUGACUCUACUCAAGUCCUUAUCGGCCCAGGAAUCGAAAUUACGAAGUCACAACUUAGCUCUGAUGUCGCCUCGAAUAAUCUGCAUAUUAUUGACCGCAUAAAUGUAGAUUUUGUUCUUGAGUUGUGUAUUGUACCCAAGGUCACUGAGCUUACAAGAACUCGAAUCUCCGGGCAUCUUCCAGAGUUACAUGCGUCUAUCUCUGAUACCAAAUAUAAGGGGUUGAUGAAGCUGAUUGAUAUUGCUAUCCCACACUUUGAUGAAGGCAGCCCGGAAUCUAAUAUACCUAGCAAAAAAGCAGAAGAGGCAGCCGCUUCUAAAACCAGAGCAAGAUCCUCAUCUUUUCAACCGUCGGUUCUGAGGGAGCUCCCCGCCGUAGAUGAAGAUUCUGACGAAGAUUCUGAAGAUGAGAAAAUGAGCAAAAGUGUUGAAGUUCCAACAAAUCUUCAUCGCCGGGAUUUCGAGUUCAAAUUCACUGUUGGUCGCCUUCGUGGUUCAUUGUUUCGCUCCGACCCCAACGACCAACUUCGUGACCACCUGCUAGUUGAACUAGUUGCUGAAGAAUUUGCAUUGGACUUCUAUAUGCGCCCAUUUGAUAUGGUCGCAGAGUUGGUCUUGAGGUCCUUAAGCGUGGAUGACUAUAUUGAGGAGAACCCGGCUCCUGAAUUCAAAAGAAUAUUGUCCUCUAAAGGGUUCGACGCAGACGAGGAUAAGGACCUAUUCCAUCUCAAAUUUGUUCGGGUGAAACCUGAAUCUCCGGAAUUCCAGUCAACCUAUGAAGGAAUAGCAAUGAAUCUUGAUGUAUCCGUCUCGACCAUUAAUCUUGUUGUCACUAGGAAAACGCUCCUCACUCUUCUGGAUUUUAUUCUUCUCACAUUCACCAACCCAGAGCAGACAAGCAACCAAGCCCUUCAGUCGGAUCAGGCAAUCCAAGAUACAAAUGCCUUUGAUGAAGAACCAGAACAGGCUGGGAAAAUCCGCAUCAAAGCGGAUUUGAAGAGUAUCGCGCUCAUUUUGAACAAUGAUGGUGUAAGGCUUGCUACGUUAAGUCUCAACACUGCUGAUGUUGGCAUAUUCCUUGUGGGCCGAUCUAUGCUUAUACAAUCUCGCAUUGGAAGCUUGACUUUGGUAGACGACGUCAAUACCGGUGCUUCUGAGAGUUCUGAUCUUCGAAGGCUCUUGACAAUCGAGGGAGAUAACUUUGCCGACUUUAAGUAUGAGACUUUCGAUCCCGAAAGCGCAGAUUACCCUGGUUAUGACUCGGAAGUCUUCCUAAGGUCCGGCUCAAUGAAGAUCAACUUCAUAGAGGAGCCAUACCGUAAAAUCAUCAAUUUCUUAGUCAAAUUUGGCAAGAUGCAAGCCAUCUUCAAUGCUGCCCGCCAAGCUGCGGCAAACCAAGCUAACCAACUCCAAGAGAAUGCAUCGAGGAUGAGGUUUGACGUCGUCGUCAUGACCCCAAUUUUGGUCUUUCCAGGAAUCGUCAAGGAGGAUCGUCCCCGCGAUACAGUGACGGCGCACCUCGGCGAAAUUUAUGCUAAGAACGAAUUUGUUUCUUUGGAGGAUGAGAAAGAGAGUCCUGCUGUCAAUUUGAUAUCUACUGGGAUUCGUAACAUUCGACUGACAUCUAAGUUUCACUUUGAGGGAGGCGCAGUCGAAGAACUUGAGAUGAUACAGAAAGUGAAUCUCGAUUUCAGCAUAUGUUAUCUAGAGCACCAGCAAGGCAACCCGCGUCCUGAUAUGGAAGUGGAGGGAUCAAUGUCUCCUAUCAAUCUUCGCAUAUCGCAAAAACAGCUCAAGUUCUUAUUAGCGCUGUCUCAGACGCUCCCUGGGGCCUUUGCAACAGACACAGAACAGCAAGAACUUGAAGCCAUGCAAGCACUUCCUUCGUCUGUGACAAAGCCAACAAGGGAGGCAGAAUCUAAGGCAGUGCAAAACAGAAAUGACCAAGAAAGUUCAACACCGGAGGUAAAGACAGAUGAAACAUGGGUCCGACUUGAUAUGGUCUUCAAAGUAGAUGGUGUUGGUCUGGAGCUCAUCCUCGCAAAUGACGAUGAGCCAGUCGGUCGUUUGGAAGAUUCGAGCCUCUCAAAGUUCUCCCUCAAUGACACGAAGGUGAAACUGCGCAUGUUGACGGAUGGCUCUCUGGAAUCAGAACUCCAGAUCCACUCUCUCUCGAUUCGUGAUAGUCGCAAUAAGGACACAAACAAGUUCAGAAAGAUAAUGUCCUUAAUCAACAAUGAUAUCCAACAGCAAUUUAUGGCCAGCAUUUCAAUGUCGCCAGGACCGGACAAGCAUUUAAUAGCGAUGCUGACUAUCGACAGCCCGCGAAUUAUAGUUGCUCUGGAUUACUUAUCCGCUCUGCAGUCAUUUACCAAUUCUGCGUUCGCAACGGAAGAGCCGGUGGAAGAAGAGGAAAUCGAUGAGACCCCGGAAGGGUCAGAACCUAGAUCUAGCACUGCAGAAGAUACCGAUGAUUCUGUCAUUACACCCUCCAAUGGCGACACUCAGGCCCCUGCUAGGCAGAUGACGGUAUCAUUCCGACUGAAUCUCGUUGACGCUCAAGUAAUAACGAUCGCAAAUCCAGCUAUCACUCAUACUGAGGCAAUUGUGCUAGGGACGAAGCAGUUGCUUUUCUCUCAUCAGAAUGUUUCAACCUUGCAAAUUUCCAAGGUUGGCAUGUUCUUGUGCCGUAUGGACAAGUUCGAAACCAGUAGGCUUCGUAUAUUAGAUGACUUCACCCUCGAAAUGUCAAUGGACAGUCGGCCGCAGGAGAGAGGUUCUGCUUUGACUUCCAUCAAUGUCCAUUUUGAGCCUCUUGUCCUCCGUCUUUCCCUCCGGGAUAUCUUGAUGGCGAUACAAAUUGUCAACAAGGCAUCCGAGAUGAGAGCUCAAAAACCUAAUGAAGGGGAGACUGGCGAGCCGAAUAGGAUAUCCGAUGGAAAAGGUACUAGUACGAAGUCCUCGAAAAGGAAAUCGGUCGGCAGACCAACCUCAACUGCGCUAGCCCCAAGGCCUCAUCGCCGUUCUAGCGGGGCGGUUGAUACUACGGAACCAGGGCUUAUUUCGCAUCGUUCAGCUAUCCUCAAGAAAGAAGAAAUGAAUGCCCAAAUAGAUGGUGUCCGGGUAAUCCUCAUAGGAGACCUACACGACCUGCCAUUACUUGACUGGAGUGUCAAGAAGUUCACUGUUGAUGUCCGCGACUGGUCAUCUACACUGAAGGCUGAUACUAGCUUCGAUACAUUCAUUAACGUGUAUAACUUCUCCAAGUCAGCUUGGGAACCCCUCAUUGAGCCAUGGCAGUUAGGCUUCCACAUGGCAAAGGAGGUCAAUCCUGAUGUCCUCUCGAUAGAUGCUUACUCUCAUAAGACCAUGGAGCUCACUUUAACGUCUGCCACAAUCGCACUGGCGUCCAAGUCGUUCCAGUUCCUCUCUACUGAUGAAGAUGUUCUCUCGAAACCACGAGGUGCCGACGCACCCUACCGCAUCCGUAACCACACUGGCUUCGAUCUUCAUGUUUGGGCCGAUGUCAGUGCAGAGGAAGAAGGACCGGCUGCUAAAUUAGCUGACGGUGAGGAGUAUCCUUGGAGGUUUGAAGACUCGACCGCCAUGCGUGAAACGCUAGCACCAGAAGGUCAUGCCGGUCUUGUCGGUGUCAAGCUUGAAGGCAGUGGCUUUGAGAGUGUGAGCCGUAUUCCCGUUGUUCGGGAAGGGGAGAUUCUGUACAAUCUGAAGCCAAGGAAAGAUAACAUUAUUCAUAGACUUCUUGUUGAGGUCAAAUUGGGUGCGGACAACGUCAAGUACAUUACCAUCCGCUCACCACUAGUUGUUGAGAACAAUACGCAGAUACCAGUGGAGCUGGGCGUGUUCGAUCCUCGUGACGGACAUCUUCUUAAAAUUGAGAAGAUCCUUCCCGGAGACUCUCGGCCUGCACCUGUAGGAGCUGCAUACAUGCAUUCUCUACUUAUUCGACCUGACCAAGGUUUUGGAUAUGAGUGGUCAAACGAGCAGUUACAUUGGCAAGACCUUAUGCGGCGACCGACUCGGACAAUCAAAUGCAUAAGUGAGAGUGGACAGCAAGCUCCGCCUUUCUAUUUCCAGAUGAAUGCUACGUUCAAUUCACGCGACUCUGUGACAAAAGUCUAUCCUUACAUGCGCAUCCGGAUAUUCGCCCCUGUCGAGAUACAAAAUCUCCUUCCUUAUGAUUUCAAAUACCGGAUCUAUGACAAGAAUACGAAGAAGGAUUGGACUAAUUUCCUGCGCAAGGGAGGCGUAAGCCCAGUCCAUGUCGUGGAGCUAUCCCACUUGCUACUUCUGAGCAUCGACUUGGAAGACACUGUUUUCAGGCAAAGUGACUUUUCUAUUAUCAACGGCAAUACGCAAGACUUCAGGAGAGAGCAUGUACUAUCUUUGAAGGAUGAAAGAGGCAUUCAACUGAGGUUGAAUCUUCACUACUUUAACGUGCCUGAUAGUGGAGGCGCAUUCAAGGUGUCGAUCUACAGUCCAUAUCUCAUCCUGAACAAAACGGGUCUCUCGAUGGAGAUACAGAGCAAGGGCUUCUUGCAAUCAGCUCGAACAGCAGCUGGCCAAGGGCUAAGGGCUGAUCCAAGGAACGGCGGACGAACGCUUCCUUACAUGUAUUCUUAUCCGAGCGAAGAUCAGAAGAACCGGUCCAUACUGAGGAUAGGCGAGUCUGCGUGGAGCAAGCCGCAAAGUUUCGAAGCCAUUGGGAGUACAUUCGAAGUCGUUCUUCCUGAUAGACACGGCCGAUCUGAGUUUCAUUCAGGUGUGACGGUUGCUGAGGGUGAAGGCAAAUACAAAAUGACCAAAGUUGUCACCAUUGCGCCUCGCUUCGUUCUGAAGAACAAGAUUAACGAGGACAUUUCGGUCCGAGAACCAGGCUCUUCCAAUGUGCUUAAUAUCAAGAGUGGCGACCUUGUACCUCUGCAUUUCUUGCGCCAGGUUCCAGAGAAACAACUUUGCCUAUGCUUCCCGGGAGUUAAUAAUCAGUGGUCGUCCCCGUUCAACAUUGCUGAUAUUGGAACGGUGCAUGUUAAGCUUGCAAAGGCAAACCAACGUCAAAAGCUCAUCAAAGUGGACAUCAUCAUGGAAAACGCCACACUCUUCGUGCAUUUCAACCUAGAAACGCGAAACUGGCCAUAUUCCAUGCGGAACGAGAGCGACAUGGAGUUCAUCUUCUACCAAGCCAAUCCAAACGUGGAAGAUUAUGAGGAUGAUAGAACGAAUGGCUGGCGGCCGAUCCGCUAUCGUCUGCCGGCUCGGAGUAUCAUGCCGUACGCCUGGGAUUUUCCAGCUACGAAGAACAAAUCUCUCGUGGUAACGUGUAAUGGCAAAGAAAGGCAUAUCAAGCUUGCUGAGAUUGGUAACCUGAUCCCAAUGAGAAUACCGCCGACGCAGUAUGGCGAACACCAAAAGAUUAUCGACAUCAAUAUUGUGGCCGACGGUCCCACUCAGACUCUAGUCUUAUCGAAUUUUAAGGCAUCAAAGAGUUUGUACAGGCAACAAAGAGGACAGACCUCUCAGAGCAGUUUGAGCACCGGGUUUGAGGUUAAGGAGUUGGACUCAGACGUGAACUUCAAAGCCCAGCUCCGCCUUGGUGGGAUUGGUAUCUCCUUGGUCAACCAGAACAUGAGGGAGCUAUUGUACCUAACCUUCCGCGAGAUCGAUAUUAAAUAUCGGGAAUCCAGGGUUUACCAGACACUGAACACCACAAUCAAGUGGAUCCAAAUUGAUAACCAGCUCUAUGGAGGGAUCUUCCCUAUUUUGUUGUAUCCCAGUGUUGUUCCAAAGACCGGAAAGGAAAUGGAGGCACACCCGAUUUUCCACACCAUGGUUACACGCGUGAAAGAUGACUCCUAUGGCGUACUUUACAUCAAGUAUGCCACCGUACUUCUACAACAGAUGACACUAGAACUCGAUGAGGACUUUGUGUUCGCGAUGCUGGACUUUGUCAAGAUUCCUGGCGCCUCGUGGUCCGAAGAACAGGAAGGGAAGCUUUGCGAUGAAGAUCUAAGGAUCCCAGAACCACAAAAUGAAGGUGCUGGAAAUGAUGUGUACUUUGAACUUCUUCAUCUGCAACCCAUGCAGCUUGACAUCUCUUUCAUGCGGACUGAGCGCGUGAAUGCUGAGGACACUAUGCAACCAUCGAAUCCUUUGAUGUUCUUUGUCAAUGUCAUGACCAUGUCGAUGGGCAAUAUCAACGAUGCACCUGUCCGCCUAAAUGCAUUAAUGCUGGAAAACGCCCGUGUGUCACUUGGGGUUCUUGUUGGCAACGUCCAGAGGCACUACACUCAGGAAUUCCUCCGGCAAGUGCAUGUCGUCCUAGGAUCUGCCGAUUUCCUCGGCAAUCCCGUUGGCCUAUUCAAUAAUGUCAGCUCUGGCGUUGCCGCAAUCUUCUACGAGCCUUACCAAGGACUGGUUAUGACUGACAGGCCUCAAGAGCUUGGCUACGGUAUUGCCAAAGGAGCUACAAGUUUCGUCAAAAAGUCCGUCUUCGGGUUUUCGGAUAGCAUGGCCAAACUUACGGGAAGCAUGUCUAAGGGUCUUGCUGCUGCCACCUUGGACAAGGAAUUCCAAGACAAGCGACGUAUGUCAAAAUCUCGCAACCGACCGAAGCAUGCACUGUAUGGUAUCACGGCUGGCGGGAAUGCAUUCGCAACCAGUUUAGCAAGUGGUAUUGGAGGGCUUGCACGCCAUCCACUGCAGGGAGCCGAAAAGGAGGGUAUUCAAGGGUUUUUCAAGGGGGUUGGAAAAGGUGUCUUAGGCCUUGCUACGAAACCGGCCAUCGGCGCCUUUGAUCUUGCGUCGAGUAUGUGCAUUUAUGCGGGUUAAACCACUCAGUUACUGACGAAUCCAUAGAUCUUGCCGAAGGUGUACGAAACACCACCACUGUCUUUGACGCAGAGGGCCUAGAUCGUGUUCGUCUCACGCGCUUCAUUGCAACAGACGGCAUUGUACGGCCAUAUUCGCAGCGGGAAGCCCUAGGCCAGUUCUGGCUUAAAACAGCAGACGAUGGCAAGUUCUUCAGCGAAGAUUACAUUGCACAUCUCGAGCUUCCUGGCAGGGACAUGUUGGUCAUGUUGACGUACGACCGGAUAAUGCUUGUGCGCACCAAGAAGCUCCAGACGGAAUGGGAUAUUCGA